AUGCUAUUAUUUUGGCAGAUUGAAGAUAUUCGGAUAUCCACACCAACCGUGAAUCUAGUCUCCAGCCACUGUGCACAAGCCACAGUCUGGUGGCUCCUCGACACAAAUUCUCCAUUUUAUUUCUUUUUCAAGAUUCCAUCAUCAGUUCACUCGACCGACUUCUCGACUAUGCAAUCGGACCGUAGCAUUGAUAGCACUCGGAACGCGACUGCCGAACUUAAAUCGCCAAUUGACGUUGCAGAGUAUCUCUUCACGAGAUUGCAACAGAUUGGUGUCCGCUCGAUCCAUGGCCUGCCAGGCGACUACAACCUGGUAGCUCUCGAUUAUAUCCCAAAUCUAGGAUUGAAGUGGGUGGGGAACGUCAACGAACUCAACGCCGGAUAUGCAGCAGAUGGGUACGCACGAAUCAAGGGCAUGUCUGCCAUAGUUACUACCUUCGGUGUCGGAGAGCUCUCGACCGUCAAUGCUAUCGCAGGUGCAUACUCGGAGCAUGUUCCAAUUGUCCAUAUUGUUGGAAUGCCUUCAACAGCCUCGCAGAAGGAUGGCAUGCUUCUACAUCAUACACUGGGCAAUGGAAACUUCAAUGUCUUUGCAGAUAUGAACAAAGAGAUCUCCUGUGCAAUGGCUAAAUUGAAUGACCCAAGAGAAGCAGCCGCUCUAAUUGACGACACCCUUCAAAAAUGUUGGAUUCAAAGUCGACCCGUCUAUAUUACUUUACCCACCGAUAUGGUCCAGAAGAAGAUCGAGGGAGAGCGACUGAAGACUCCAAUUGAUCUUUCAUUCCCUACAAAUGACAUGGCCAGAGAAGAUUACGUCGUGGAAGUGGUCUUGAAGUAUCUUCAGUCUGCAAAGAACCCAAUAAUCUUGAUUGAUGCUUGUGCCAUCCGGCACAGAGUUCUCGAGGAAGUUCAUGACUUGAUAGACAAGACUAAACUUCCAGUUUUCGUCACUCCAAUGGGAAAGGGUGCAGUCAACGAGACACAUCCAAGCUUUGGCGGAGUUUACGCAGGUGAUGGAAGUCAAGAAGAGGUUCAGAAGCGCGUAGAAGCUUCCGAUCUGAUCUUGACAAUUGGAGCCAUCAAGAGUGACUUCAACACCGCUGGCUUCACAUAUAAGACUUCUCAACUCAACACAAUUGACUUCCACAGUACACAUACAACUGUAAGAUACUCAGAAUACCCUGGCGUUUCGAUGAGAGGUGUGCUCCGAAAGGUUAUUCAGCAAGUCGACUUGAGCAAGCUAUCUGCUGUUCCUGGACCUAAGAUGGAGAACAAGGUAGAAGAGAACGAAGACAAGUCUGAGACCAUCACACAAAAAUGGAUUUGGCCUGUAGUCGGCCAACAAUUCCUGAAGAAGGACGAUAUUGUUAUUACCGAGACUGGUACAGCGAACUUCGGUAUUUGGGAAACCAAGUUCCCAGCAGGUGUCACAGCCAUCAGUCAGGUGCUGUGGGGUAGUAUUGGAUACUCCGUUGGUGCGCUUCAAGGCGCAUGUCUUGCCGCCCGUGAUGCUGGAAUGGACCGACGAAGCAUCCUCUUUGUUGGCGAUGGAUCAUUCCAAUUGACAGCCCAAGAAGUCAGCACCAUGAUUCGUCUAGGAUUGAAGCCAAUCAUUUUCGUCAUCUGUAACGACGGCUUCACAAUUGAACGAUUUAUUCACGGUAUGGACGCAGAGUACAACGAUAUUCAACAAUGGCACUUCAAAGAUCUCGUCAAGGUCUUCGGUGCUAAGGAAGGCACAUAUCGUACCUACCAAAUUAAGACCAAGGAAGAAGUCACCAAGCUCUUUGCUGACAAGGACUUCAACUCUGCCGACGUUUUGCAAUUUGUUGAGCUGUAUAUCCCAAAGAAGGAUGCCCCAAGAGGAUUGGUUCUAACAGCAGAGGCUGCUGCACAAAGAAAUGCCAAGGAGUGA